GAUAUAGUGAGUGCAGGGUCCAGGGAGACCAGAUAUAGUGAGUGCAGGGUCCAGGGAGACCAGAUAGUGAAUAUAGUAAGUUCAGGGUCCGGGGAGACCAGAUAUGGUGAAUGCAGGGUCCGGGAGACCAGAUAUAGUGAAUGCAGGGUCCGGGGAGACCAGAUAUAGUGAAUGCAGUGUGCGGGGAGAUCAGAUAUAGUGAAUGCAGUGUGCGGGGAGAUCAGAUAUAGUGAGUGCAGGGUCCGGGGAGACCAGAUAUAGUGAAUGCAGUGUGCGGGGAGAUCAGAUAUAGUGAGUGCAGGGUCCGGGGAGACCAGAUAUAGUGAAUGCAGUGUGCGGGGAGAUCAGAUAUAGUGAGUGCAGGGUCCUGGG